AUGGAGGACUACAUAGUCAUAUCUUUCAUUGGGGAAGGUUCGUUCGGAAGAGUGUUUAAAGCGAAGCAUAAAGAGACUGAUUCGAUUUUGGCAUUAAAAGUUAUUAGAAAAAAAGGCAGAUCAUCCAAGGAUUUAAAAAACUUGAGACAAGAGUGUGAUAUCCAGAGGCAAUUGAAACAUCCUAAUAUUAUUCGUAUGAUUGAUAGUUUUGACACUGAAUCAGAACUGGUAGUCGUUACGGAGUAUGCAGAGAAAGAAUUACAUAGUAUACUGGCUAAGGAGGGUUGUUUAAAUGAAGAUCAAGCAAAGAAUAUUACCUGGGAUUUGGUAUCUGCUCUUUAUUACUUACAUUCCCACAGAGUUUUACAUAGAGAUCUAAAACCACAGAAUGUAUUGAUAGAUAGCUCGGGAAGAGCAAAGCUAUGUGACUUUGGACUCGCUCGUAUAAUGACUAAUGCUACACAUAUUUUAACAUCAAUCAAGGGAACUCCACUCUAUAUGGCUCCAGAAUUGAUUGAUGAGAAACCUUAUGAUCAUCAGGCAGAUUUGUGGUCGCUGGGUUGUAUAGUAUAUGAACUUAUGGCUGGACAGCCUCCAUUUUGUACUAUGUCAAUAUGGCAAUUGGUGAGGAUGAUCAGACAUAAACCUGUACAGUGGCCCAGUUUUAUUAGCCCUGAAGCACGAUCAUUUCUGCAGGGAUUAUUGCAUAAAGACCCAGUAAAACGAAUGAGCUGGCCUGAAAUUUUAGUACAUCCCUUUGUAAAAGAGCAUAUACUUAUACUUCCAGAAGACAUCCAAAGUAAUUCACCAUUUACAAAACCAUUAUCCCAUAGUCAACAAGAAGCAAAGUUUCUACAGACAGAGAAGAUCAGUAAAAGUGCUAAAAUUAAGUCUACAAAUGUAAAACCUGAAGGCCGUGAGCAUGAUUUGAGAAACAUUUGUGGCGUCGUCCAAGGUCUAGAAUGCGUUCCACUGUCCGAUGAUGACAGCGUUCGUGCGACGAGCGCUUUCAGCGUAAGAGAUAGUCUCAAAACAGAUGAUGAAGACCAGUCACAGCCUAUUACAGCAGCAAACGCCAAACUAUUAAGACACGAGUUUCAUGUAAUGAAUAAUUCUAAUCUAGUUGUAUGUAAUCUUGAGAAGAACGUCGCGCAACUGAUUGCUAAUAACAAACAAGAACAAAAAAUGCAUAAGAUUGAAGAAGAAAAUAAUGACAGGGAUCACAGCAGAGACAAAGAAGCGAAAGAAGAUGAGAUAAAAUCCAAAAGUAAAGCCGGUAGCACUGCGUCGCAAAGCUUAGAGAACCCGAAAAGCUCGAAAUGUAAUGACGACGUCAGUGCGGGCCUAAGCAAAAGUGUACCUCCGUCAUAUAAACAAAAGCUGCUACAAUUCUCAAAAGAUAAGUUAAGAUUUGGAAGUGGUGGAAAUAGACUGACUAGAAGUAUAAAAAGAUCAUUUCAUUUCAGUAGAAGCUUAGAUAAAAAUAAAAGCGAGGCUCAGAGGCGUAUUAGUGAACCUACCCUUGAAAUUCAAAGAGACUCUGAUAAAAUAAAGUAUUCUAAAGAAGAUAAAGAUGAAGAUGUAGAAAAGAAAGAGUUUAUAGAAGAGAUUGUGGAUGAUAAAGAUGUAGCUGACAAUGAUAAUAUGCGACAAAACGAAGAGGAAGAAGUAAAAGAGCCGUCGUCAAUAGAAUUGGAAGAGUGGGAGGCUUUUCUCAACUCAAACAUAACAGAAGUUAUGGAGGGUGAUGUUGAAUCAUUAACACAGUUGAAUAUGGUCAGUAUGGUUGUGGGUGUAGUAGGCAGCGCGGCUCGUGGGGCAAAAGGGGCUCGGGUCUGCGGUGCUGUUGCUGCUUUACUAGCACUACCAUCACUAUCGCACUCUUUGCCUCGACACACUCUUCUCAAUAUACAAGAUAUCUAUCUCGAGGCGAAAGUUGUUUAUAACUUCGUGGCAGCUAUAAACACUCUAAUGAAGGGCACGAAGGACACGGACGAUGGAGCCGAGGAAAGAAUUCGCGGUGUAAGUCGCGUGUUGGAGGUUUGCGCUUGGCUGUGCGGCCGGUCGUGUCGCGCUGUUAGACAACUGGCGACCUCUCUCGCUGCGAACCAGGCUCACCUCGUCUACAGUAGGCUGCUAGCUAUGUAUUCUAAAUCACCUCGCAUAGUUCUAAACAUCGUUGGACUGCUCAUAACGAUACUACAAGACUUGCCCGAACACGCGGACGUCGUCGAACUCAUCCUAUUUCAAGACAAGUCGUUUACCUUCUUGAAACUUCUAGAACAACCGAGUGAUCCGCUUAGAAUGAGAGUUUGUAUUCUUAUAAGCUUAUUGUGUACGUAUUCGUGUACCGCAUUUUCCGCAGCUAUGGAAAAUGAAUGGAGUAAAAGAGACAGCGAUAUGCUAGAAGCUCUUCACACACAUUGUAAUGUUACUUUGAAUAGGGCGGCGAAACUUGCGAGCAAGGAGUUAAGUAGUAUGCCCUUUUAUAUUAGUUGA